UUCCGAGCAACAACACGGAAGUAACAUCUAGCCGGAAGUUCUAGGGCUCGCAUUGGGAGGGGUGGGGGCGGGGAGCCGCAGGCCGACUGAGGGCAGAAUGGCGGCUCAAAUUCCAAUCGUGGCUGCUACUUCUACCCCCGCCGUAGCUAGGAACAGCAAGAAGAGGCCGGCUAGCCCUUCUCACAACAGCAGUGGAGGGGGGUACGGUGCUAGUAAGAAGAAAAAGCUGUCGGCCUCCGGCUUUGCUCAGGGUGUCAGCAUUGAAGCCAUGAGUGAGAGUAAAAUGGCGUCCUCUGAGAUCAGCUCGGGGCCUGUGGAGAAAGCUGCCAAGCCAUUGCCCUUUAAGGAUCCCAACUUUGUGCACUCUGGCCAUGGUGGCGCAGUAGCUGGCAAGAAGAAUAGAACCUGGAAGAACCUCAAACAGAUCCUCGCUGCUGAAAGGGCGUUGCCAUGGCAACUGAACGAUCCUAACUACUUUAGUAUUGACGCUCCUCCAUCCUUUAAGCCAGCUAAGAAGUAUUCUGAUGUUUCAGGCCUUCUCGCCAACUACACAGACCCUCAGAGCAAGCUGCGCUUCAGCACUGUUGAGGAAUUCUCCUAUAUUCGCAGGCUGCCUUCAGAUGUGGUCACAGGCUACCUGGCCCUGAGGAAGGCCACGAGCAUUGUGCCCUGAACCGCAGAAGUGGAGAUGAAGUGGGAAUGGCCUCGAAAGCAGACUGCACUUGUGACUUUGUUUCAUGAAAACAAGUAUUUCUGCUGUCAAUCUGAAAAUGUCAGCUCCGGGCUUUGGAAAGAAUGUCUGCCUUUACUGUGAGGGUUUUUUUUUCCCCCACUCCAAGUACAGCCUUCCUAGUUGAAUUAAAUCGUACUUCAGUUGUUGCCUCAAAUAAAAAUUGUUUGAUAAGAAAUGCAGUAAAAUUAGGCAUUUAAAUUAACUCAAGCAAGUCCCUGAAUUUUGUUUGCAAGUUGUGAACUCAUCCAACACUUUCAAAGAAUGUGCAAUGAAGACACACAGGUCUGGAUUGUUCUGGAGCCUGAUAAGCAUUCUGGCCUUUCUUUGGAUCAGAAGUUUCUGUGUGUUUUCUACUGUACUGUUGAAUGACUUUACCCAUUAUGGCCUGCCUGCUGCUGAUGUAUUUGUCUCUGCCGCGUGGUGAAUUGUGGCAUUGGCUUCCAGGGGCCAAAAGAGAAAUCCAGCUCUUAAAAGGAAAAGUAUUUAGCUAGAUAGAGGAAAACAGAUUUUGGAGGUUUAGGCUUUAAGACUACUCUGUUGCUUUUGCAGGGGACCCAGGCUUGGUUCCCAGCACUCACAUGGUGACCCACAGGUAUCUCUAACUCCAGUUCCAGGGCAUCCAUUACUGACUUCACUGGGCAAGAAAAUACAUACACGCAGGCAAACUCUCAUACAUAUAGAAAUAAUAGAAAUCCUUUUUAAAAAUUUGUAUUUUUUCUUAAGACCACACUGAUAUCAAGACUGCUCUGAGGUGAGUCCUGAUACCUGCUGCAUGUCUUCCCUGUAAGAGAAGAGCCUUGAGGUGUACCUUAAAGUGACCAGAAUGUUAGAGAUACACCUUGCAGAGCUGGGGUGAGGAAGACCUUCUUAUCACUGUAGUUACUCUUCUUGCAGUGACCAAAUGCCCGACAAGAAGGAAUACAUGCCCGUUGUUAUAGGAUAUCAUGACAGCAGGAGCAUGAGGCAGCUGGCCGCACUGCAACCAUGGCCAUGACACAGAACAGACAAGAAAUAAGGCUGGACUGUAACCCUUCAAGGCCUGCUCCAGUGACCCACUUCUCCAGAGAGGCUUUACCACCCAACAACCUUCCAAAACUGCCACCCACCCCAGGCACCAACUAUUCCAACAUAUUUUACACUCAGAUCACUACACCAUGUCUCCAGAGUUAAAGCAUGUAUCCACCCAGACUUCAAAUGUGCUUUGUAACUGUUGAUGACCCUGUACAAAGGGCCAAAGUAUUUCCCAUCAGAUAGCACUUUUUUGAACCCAUGCCUCAUGGGAAGAGAUCACAGGAUUUGACCCAUCAUCAGAUAGGACCAGGUACCCUACAGAGAUGUCACAAUGAUGGCUUCCUACAUGAAACAGUCAAAUCAAUUUCCAAUAAUGCUCUCAUCUGAGAGAAUGCAUGAGCCUUAUUUGGAUCCUGGUUCAAAUGAAAAACUUAAACUAUUUAUAAGACAAUUAUAAACUUGAUAGAUUUUGAUAUGUGAAGAUAUUUAUGAGUACUUUUAAUCAGACUGCUGGUAUAUAGUGUUAAGGAAAGGGCUCAUAUUUUAGAGACAAAGGCUGAAACAUUUAUGGACAGAGUGAUUUGAUAUCUGAGAUUUGUUUUAGGAUGGUGUGGGAGGGAGGAAAUGAAGUAGUGUUGAAAUAGUAUUGGCCACAAGUCAGCUAUUGUGUGCCAAGAAGCUCCCCACACCAGUCUACUCUGUAUGUGUUUGAAUUUCUCCAUAAUAAACUAAGCAAAGACA